AUGAGCGCUCUCUAUAACUCCGCCUUGCGCCAAUCAAAAGCCAUCCGCGCCGACCUCGAUGCCUUCGCCAGCGAAACCACCUCCACAAACGCCGCUCUCCAAGGUCAAAUAACAACCUCAAUAACGUCCUUCUCAAGAACAAUCGACGACUACCAACGCUCCGUCAACGAUGAACUAGUGCAAGAGAAAGCCGAGAAGGGCCGAGAACGCAUCGCAACCUUCCGCGAAAACCUCCUCGAAUUCCGCAGUCGUCUCGCCGAAUUGAAACACGAGCGAGAGGAAGCCAGGACCGCCCAGAACCGCAGCGAACUCCUCGGCCGACGACCCCACGCCGCUGCGCAAACGCCCGAGAACCCCUACGCAGACGCCGCCAUCAGCAGCGGCGCCGGGCGAGGCGAGAACAUCAACCCUCUCUUCCGCACCAGCAAUCCCAACUUCACUCCCGGCGCGAACGGCGCAAAUAGCUACAGCUCCUACCAAUCACCAUAUGGCCUCGGAAAUGACGAGCAGCGUGAAACGCAUGCUCUGCGGGAGAACAAUUUCUGGGGAUCGGCGAAUUCGACACUCGAUGAAUACAUGGAACGCGGACGCGCGGUACUUGGGGAUUUGAGUGAGCAGAGGGAGAUGCUGAAGGGUACACAGAGAAAGCUGUACAGUAUUGGCAAUACGCUGGGAAUUUCCGGGGACACUAUUCGCAUGGUGGAGCGCAGGGCGAAGCAGGACAAGUUCAUCUUCUGGGGUGGAGUUGUGGUGUUUGUGGUGUUUGUGUACUUCGUUCUGCGAUGGCUGAGAUGA